UAUAUACGCUAAUAUAAAAGUGUUUAUUUCUCGCUUUAUUUCAGGCCUUUGAACGGAAGCUAAUUGUUAAGAAAAAAUCGAACCGAACUGCAUGAUUUUCGUGAAACGAACCUUGUAAAUGAACGUCUGAACCUUGAACCUAAAUCGGCUCACAAUCGAUCCGAUAUACAGCUUUUGGAAGUUGAUUCAAGUUAAAUACAAAACGAGGUUAAUUCAACGAUGCAGACGUAUUCAGCAACAAAUAUUUUCAAUGUAAUUUACGACAUGCACUUCCUCUCUGGUGACUCUGAAGUCUUGUGAGAUGUUACCGUCUUAAGGCAGGCUGAUUCUUUGUCGCCAAAGUUUUGUGAUGUAGGCUGCUGCGGCCUCACGUCGAAUUAUUAGAAAAAAUGCAACUAUUCUGUGGGCCGUGGUGCAACAUUGGUGUGAUCGUGACCUACAUGAAACAGAAGAUUAUUCUACAUUUUAUUCUUGAUGCAUCAGCCCUGUGACUAAUCUAUGGCAGACAAUCACACUUUCCAGGCAGGUGAAGGCGAGGUAUUGUCUGCUCAGUUCAGAGAUGCUUCACGGUUCUGGAUACAGCGAGUUUUAGUGCCCCUGGUGGUGGGGAUUGGUGUUCUGGGAAAUGUGGUCACCAUUGUGGUCUUGACACGCAGAAGGAUGCGUAGUUCCACCAAUGUAUACCUAACAGCACUCGCAGUGUCUGACCUCCUCUACCUCAUAUUUGUAUUCACCCUUUCAUUGAAACAUUACCCCAACACACAUGAAUCCUCGUUCCGGUGGUACUGGCAGUACUAUGGCUUUGGGACUUGGUUCACUGAUGCAACCACGUACACAUCAAUAUGGCUGACUGUCUCCUUUACCAUUGAGAGGUACAUCGCAGUUUGCCACCCAAUGCGUGGCCGACUGAUGUGCACAGAGUCACGUGCCAGGAAAGUGAUCAUCCUGGUAUAUGUCUUCUGCUUUGUAACCACGGUGACUACAGCACUAGAGUAUGAAGCAACUGAAAUCCCGGACUCAAGAGACAAUGCUACCCAGGUUUAUUCUGUUGAGCUUACCAAGGUUUAUCACAACAAGACUUAUCGGGCUGUUUUCUAUUGGUUCACUACAAUCACCUUUGUGUUCCUUCCACUAAUUCUUCUUGGAAUUUUCAACUCGUUCCUGAUCCAUGCCGUUCACAAGAGCCAGCAGCAGCGGUGUAGAAUGACACAGGUUGAGCAAAGUGAAAGCAUCCAGACGCAGGAGAAUAAGAUUACCAUCACUCUGAUUGCUGUGGUGAUCCUGUUUAUGGUGUGUCAGAUUCCAACUGCUAUUGCCCUAAUCUACAAUCUGUUUCACAAGCCACAAGAGAAAUCAGAUGCAGAAAACAUUUGUCUUGGCUUGGGAAACAUUUUUAACUUCCUUGUCACUAUCAAUGCAGCCUGUAAUUUUAUGCUUUACUGUGCUCUGAGUGAUAAAUAUCGACGAACUUUCUUACUCACAUUUCUACCUUGUUGUUACCAACCUCCAAGACCAAGCCGCCAUAACACUGCAUUCAGCUCAGUGUAUGAUGGUCCAUCUGUCCUUCGUAGAAGUGUGCACACAUCCUCUGUUCAUGUUUCUGCACCAGGUUGUGACAAUGGGAAGAUGUACAGAUCAUAGUUCUAUCACUGAUAGUUGAGUCAUAUCAUCCUUCAUUCCAAAAAUAAUAUAAAUAUUUCUGCAUAAUCAGAGUUGAGAGUGGUAAAGGGUACAAAAAUUCCUUGAAAAUAUGGCAAAUUUAAAAUAUUUAGAAAUGGCAAUAACAAAUCAAAAUCAUGAUAAUGAUGAAAUUAAGAGCAAAUUAAAUUCAGGAAAUUCUUACUAUUGUACAAUUCAGAAUCUCUUAACUAAAACAUUAAAGACUGAAAUAUACAAAACUGUAAUUUAAUUGUGAUUUCAUAUGAAUGUGAAACUUCGUCUCUCACCCCAAGUAAAAAAUGUGCACAUAUUCAUGGCAAUUGGGAACAAAGUGCUGAAGAGGAUAUCUGGAGCAAAGAGAAAGAGGAAGAAACAGAAAAUUCAAGGAGAUGAGUUAUAUGGGGCAUGCAACAUGCAUGGGAAGAUUAAAAAUUAAUACAAAAGUUUGGUCAGAAAACCUGAAGGGAAUAUAUGUAGGUGAAUAUGAGAGGAUUAUGUCAAAAUGGAUCAUAGAGAAACAGGAUGUGAAGAGUUGGACUAUAAUGAACUGCCUCAGGGUAGGAUCCAGUAGUAGGCUUUUGUGAACACAAUAAUAAAUAUUUAGUUUACAUAAAAGCAUAGAGUUUCUUGACCAGCUGAGCAACUAUAAACGUUUCAAGAAAGAACCUGCACCGUGGAGUAAAGGGUAAAAUCUGAUCGUCUCCAGCAAAGAAGACUGAAGUCAAUGUACUGUUCGCGACUGUAAUUUUGAGACUUGCGGGGUGAGGAAGUGGGGUGAAGGAGGAAGGAGGAAAGAGCGUCUGCCUUUAACUCUUCCGACUUACUGCAUUCCUUGCAAGUCUCAAGAUUACAGUCGCAAACCUUAAGUACAAUUGUUUCUGUAUUAUGUUAGUAAGAAUCAUUAAAUAUAGUAAUAAAAUAA